ACACUUGAGGGUCAUUUGCGGGCAAUUUUGGGCACUUUGACAGUGGAGGAGGUGUAUAGAGAUAGGGAUCAGUUCGCAUCACUGGUGCGUGAAGUGGCGACUCCGGAUGUGGGGCGGAUGGGUAUAGAGAUCCUGUCGUUCACCAUUAAGGACGUGUACGACAACGUGGAGUACUUGGCGUCUCUGGGAAAGGCGCGAACGGCUGCUGUGAAGCGGGACGCGAACGUAGGCGUGGCUCAGGCCGAGCGCGACGCCGGCAUACGUGAGGCCGAGUGCGAGAAGUCGGCAAUGGAUGUGAAGUACGGCGCGAACACGAAGAUCGAGGACUCGCACCGACUCUUUUUGCUACAAAAGGCACAGUUUGACAGCGAAGUGAACUCGAAGAAGGCUGAGGCACAGCUCUCUUAUGAAUUACAGGCCGCGAAAAUGCAACAGAAGAUCCGCAACGAAGAAAUGGAAAUCGAUGUCGUCGAGAGGCACAUUUCGGUGGAAGAGAAGGAAAUAUUACGUAAAGAUAAAGAAUUGAUAGCAAUGGUUAGACUACCGGCAGAAGCGGAGGCAUCGAGAGUAGAGCUCAUAGCACAGGGAAAGGCGAAACAGACUGUGGAAGCGAGUGUUGCUGAGGCGCAGAAGACUAAAAUGAUAGGAGCGGCCGAUGCCUAUGCUAUUGAGGCCAUUGGUAAAGCCGAGGCUGAGAUGAUGCGCAUGAAAGCCGCCGCUUAUAAACAAUACGGAGAGGCGGCCAUCCUUUCCUUAACACUCGAAGCCCUGCCAAAGAUCGCUGCAGAAGUAGCGGCGCCUUUGGCCAAAACCGAUGAAAUCGUACUCAUUAGUGGCUCUGAUGGCGGUCUCACUAGUGAUGUCACUCGACUCGUCUCACAGAUACCCCCCACUCUUCACGCCCUAACUGGUGUCGAUCUGUCAAAGGUU